AGAUGAUAGAUAGAAUCGAAACCCUCCAUAAUUGUCGCUUCUUGCAUAGAGACAUUAAACCUGAUAAUUUCGUACUUGAGGCAGGGCCAUCACCUAAAAUAAUUUAUCUGAUUGAUUUUGGACUGUCAAAACACUAUAUUGUAUUUAGAUGUGAUUAACUUAGAACUCCAAAGGGGAUCACAUAUAAUAUAUUAAAAAAGCAGGUUUGAUUGGAACAGCCAGAUAUGCCAGUAUAAGUGCUCAUGAUGAAAUGGAGUAAGGAAGGAAGGAUGAUUUAGAAAGUAUAGGAUACGUGUUGAUAUAUUUGGCAAGUGGAACCCUGCCUUGGAUGAAUCUGCAGAUUGAAUAAAAGGAUUUAAAAUAUGCUAAAAUUCACCAUAUGAAGAAGACAAUCAAACCAGAUGUGUUAUGUGCCAAACUGCCAAGGGUAUUUAAUAUGUAUAAUAACAAAGUGUUUCACAAAGUUCAUGUAGGAUGUAAGAGGCUAUGAAUUUAAAUAAUAACCAAAUUAUUAACUAUUGAAGAGUUAUUUCUAGGAGGAAUUGGAGUAGAUUCAAAAGGAACGAAAGGGAUAAUUUUAGUUUGAUUGGGAGAAACUACCUGAGUACUAAUAAAAGAAAAAGCACCUUACAGUUCAUAUAAUGUAAUAAAGUAGCAAAGAAGAAAAGGUUAAUUUGGUCAAAUAGAAGGAACCACCAAGAGUAAUUCCUCAAACUUUCGAACAAAUUAUGCAAGAUACUAAGAAAAAGAAAAGUACUAAAAAAACAACUAGUCAUAAGACAAAGAAGAAAGAUCCAAUUAUGAUAAAUAUAGCAGAACCUGAAAGUCCUGCAUAGAUGCCUUCUUUUGGAAAUUUAAAUCUAAAGCCCUAUCCUUAAUAAAAUUCAUUUUUGCAAAUACCACAAUUAAACUCAAGUGGAUUAAUAGAUUAUUUGCCUUCUUUAAAUCCCUCAGUUGCCACAUCUAAAAUGAAUAACUACCAUCAGAGUGAAGAUGUCGUUAGUGAGGGUAGAUUGCCAAUUUGGGAAUUGGGAGAUGGUCAAAUCCCAGGAUUUCAAAAAAUGAUUGGAUACGUGACCAAAGGGAUAAAAAAACCAAAUGCCGAUUUUUAAAGAAAAAAUAGAAAGGCUCACACAUGUAUGCAUGAUGAGUAUUUUUAGAGAUUGAUACUAUCAAAAAGAUGUCUUAAAAUUUAGUUCAACCUAAAACUAUAAAAGGAGAUGAUGAAGGGAUUCCUGAGGGAUUAGAUUGA